GCUCCAUGCCUACGUAAACCUCCUUUUUUCGUCUCGUCAACAAGAAUUUUUUUAAAUAAAAAUCAUUAUCAAUUUAUUGCACUAAACAUGACAAUAAUAUUUUAACAUGUCUUCUGAACGUUUACAACCAAUACUGAAGAAACGUGAUCAAUUGAUGAUCGAAGAUAUUCCCUGUUUGAUUUUAUGUAAACCUCGAUUAAUACCGCUGAAGAGUUUUACUUUAGAAAAGCUGGAUAAUAUGCAGCAGGAGGCCAAAAAGGCCCAAGAAAAGCAAACUAAAGAAAACUGACGCACUUAAAGACGCAAUAUAAAAGCAGAAAUGAGUUAUGCACCUUUGAUAUCGAAAAUACUUUUUUCAUUAGUAUUAUCAUCUACUGUUCUAUACCAGUAUGGAAAUUGGUUUAGGCAUCGUAUAUUUGUCACUAUAACUGUACUGUUAGCUUGGUAUUGUAGUUUCUUAAUUAUAUUUGCACUACCUCUUGAUGUUAUAUCUACUGUCUAUAGGCAGUGUUUGCAAGAAAAUAAGAAAGUAGAUCUUGUGAAUAGCUUAAACAUCUCAACAACUGCAGUAACACCAGAUUGUCAAGAACCAUGGAGCAAUCUACCAGAAAGGGUAUUUACCAAUUUAUGGAGAACUGUAUAUUGGAGCUCGCAAUUUUUGACAUGGAUUGUGAUGCCUAUGAUGCAGUCGUAUAUCAAAGCUGGAGAGUUCACAGUGAAGGGAAAAUUGAAAUCUGCCUUGAUAGACAAUGCCAUCUAUUAUGGAUCUUACUUACUUAUCUGUGGAGUGCUACUGAUCUAUUUGGCAUUAAAACCUGGCGUCGAUCUUGAUUGGUCAAAGCUGAAAGCAAUAGCAGCAUCUGCUAGCAACACGUGGGGUCUUUUCCUGCUUGUUCUACUCCUUGGACAUGCAUUGGUUGAAGUGCCUAGAAGGUUAUGGAACAAAUCAAAUCACAGCUAUACUCUUACUCAGUAUUAUUUCAAAGCAGCAAAGUUGAGUUCUGAUAAGUGUGAAGCUGAGGAAACAGUUGAUGAUGUGUUAGAGUCUCUUCAAGCUGUCAUGGUGGCUAUAAAACCUGAACAUCCUCUGUACAUGAGCCUAGAAACGAUUCUACAAAAAGUACCUGCAGAAUUGAGAGAUAGAAUAAAUCGUAGGCAGUUGCCUGAUGAUACACCUACUGAUGCUCCAUCAGAAAAGGCUCUCAUCAGACUUCAUAAACAGACAAUAAAGUCUUUACAAGUACUUCAGAGAACAGAAACCCAAUGGAAUAUAAUGGUAGAAAAAGUAUUCGAAUUAGAGGAUACCCUCAAGAACCAAAUUUCCAGAGACAGAAGGUUCAAAAGGACAUUCCAAAAAGAACACAGCUGGUUCAGGAGAUAUAUUUGGACUUCUACCAUAGAAUGGUAUUGGAAGUGCCUAUUAUAUUGUUAUACCCAAAAAAUUCUUGCCAUAUUAGCUGGUAUAUUUUCUAUAUGCGUCGUUUGGUCGGAGGUGACAUUUUUCAGUGUUUAUCCGCCAUUAUCGAUUUUUGCAGUUCUAGUCAAUGUAGCUAAGGAACGCUACGAUUACCUCUCCAUAGAAUUCCUAUCUACUAUAGUAAUCCUAUAUCUGUGCUACUGCGCUUACUCUACGGUGCUGAAGAUACGAGUACUUAACCUGUACUAUCUAGCUCCUCAUCAUCAAACCAAUGAGUAUAGUUUAGUAUUUUCUGGUAUGAUGCUCAGCCGUCUCACGCCGCCUUUGUGUCUAAACUUCUUGGGUCUCAUCCACAUGGACAGCCAUGUCAUCAAGAGUCAGAUUAUGGAAACUUCGUAUACACAAAUAAUGGGUCACAUGGACGUUAUAGGAAUAAUUUCUCAUGGAUUCAACAUCUACUUUCCUAUGGCGAUUUUAUUAUUUUGUCUAGCAACUUAUUUCAGCUUAGGCUCUCGUUUUCUCUCCAUGCUAGGAUUUCAACAAUUCAUCGGAGAUGAUGAGAUGACUACAGACUUAGUAGAAGAAGGUCGUGGGCUCAUUAAAAGAGAGAAACGAAAAAGGCAGAGAGCAGAAGAGACCUACAACCGAAGAAAGGAGUUUGAAGAUAGAUUUCCUACUGGUAAUAGGAGAAUUAGGCAAUCAAGGAGCACUGCAGAUACUGGUCGACAGAUGGAGUCGACAGAGAGCAACUCCCGCUCAGUUUUGCGAGAUUCUCAUGGCCUGGAAACAUAUGGAGGUUCUCGUUUUGAAGUGGACACCAGAUUUCCUCCCUUGGAACAGGAUGACAUAGAUUCUCGUUUUGGAGCCAGCACGGGGGUAACGAGUAACCAGGAUCAUACUUUCUCGUCUUUGAGAGAUGAUAGACCUUACCAAUCAAGUGAUGAGUAUAGUAGGGGCUAUAGGGUAGGAGGUGCACCAAGAGGGAUAUUUGAUGACGUUUAAGAAAAAGAAAUAGACACUAGAAAUAUUUAACAUAAUGGUCUUUGUUUACUAUACUGUAUCACACUAGGACUCUUCUCAGGCACUACGUACAGCAGUCUAUACUAGUAUUCACCAUUUGGUAAGCGUUCCGUUCUAGUACAACUAUUGACAUAGAUGUCAAAAUAACCAAUUUUUAUUUUCGCUUUUUUGGUUGCAUCUAGUUAGCAGUAAUUAUAUUAUAUUUUCGAUGAACACUAAGAAAAUAGUUAUUUACCUGACAAGGGCAGAAAAUACACUUUCCGCAAGUGUUAGGUAUAAGAUUUCUUCUAACAGCGCAGCACGAGAAAAUAAUAAACCUAGAAUUUUAAAUACGUACUAUGUUUUAUUAGAAAUUUCAUAAUUGAAAACUCAACAUCAUCAGCAAAAACAACAUCAAUAAUUCAUUUAUAAUAGUUAUCAACAAUAUUAAAGGUAAAAGAACAGUUAUUUGGAUUAUGAAAACUGCUCUUGAAACACAACUAGUGCCGUCGGCUUCACUUUCUUCUAAAAUUUCAUGUUCUCUAGAACGUCCUGUAGAAGUGGCACUGCUUGUGCUGCCCGGGCUUUGUGACGUGAAAUCUGAGUUGCUUUCCAGGAUUUUCUUGAAAGUAUCCUUUUUAUUUUCUAACGAUUCGGCUAUAUACCCUUCAGUCACAGAUGUAGACUUCCAGCCGCCGCGUCUCUUGAUGUCGGGGAUAGUGGUUCCAGAGUCUGUCAACAUUGUAGUAGAAGAUCACCGAAAACUAUGGCCGUUAUAAAGCUCAGGAUAGAGUAAUCCCAAAUAACCGGCGGUUUCAGCGGGCAUGUUCCCAAAGGUAUUGACCCGACGCAUUGGGUGGUACAUACUGUACUGUACUGUAUAUACUGUAUGAAAAAUCUACCAUGUGGUGUGGAUUGUGGACGAAUUGAUACAUAUUUGCGGUACGGUGCUAAAUAUUCAUUUGAUGAUUCUUCCGAUGUCACGAACAUUUUGGUGCUGUGCAUUUUGGUGUUAGGGAUCUUUACUAUCAAAAACGUAUAUUUUUUUUCUAUAUCUUCGACUACUAUUCAUGCCAGUUCGUUCCGCCAGCUAAUCCAAACAAUGUGACUACUUUUACCAUUAGAUGGAGAUAGAUAUCACCGGAAGCUUUAUUGAAACCCAGUAUUUUGUUUUUUAAGGAAAGCUGUUACCUUAUAAUAUUUUGCAAUAUCGAUAUUUCUUCUUAUUUUGAGUGUAGCUUUCGACAUAGAAUAAUGUGACGAUCAUGUUGAAGGCUUACAAACUUUGGCUAUGUCUGCAAAAUAUGCCAGGAAGACUUCCUUCUUGGUUGAGGAUAUGUUCUUGAACUGGCACCACUUAUCAAAGUUCCCGUGCUUCUUUUCGUAGCGUUAUUGGAUUUUGCGGGUGAAAGUUCUAGCUUUGCGGCAUUUGCGGCUUCCAAAAUACUGAUCGGAAUAUCGUCUGCUUCCAUAACUCCAGCAAAAUUAUUAAUUUUUCGUGAUAUUAAGAAAAUAUGCAUUUAAAAUAAGACGACAGAGACUCGUAUUUGACAAGUAUGUUUGACAAACAAAAUUUAGUCUAACCACAGCAACAAAUAAUCCGAUAUCUCGGCCUAUUAAGUGACGUAUGAUUGAUUAAAAAUAAGGUACUUGAUCCAAAUAUGUGACGCCAUAUUAACGUUUGAUUUUGGAUAGGUUCUAAAUAUCAUUUAAAAUUUUGUGAAUCCUGGUAAUUAUUAUCUCUCCAUAUAUUAGAAUAAAAA